UUCCUUCUGACAUAGACUGGUCAUACCAAACGCGUUGCCUUGAUCUAUUAUCUUUCUGUACUUUGUCGCUGGUUCGAGAGUGUUGUAACGCAAUGCGAGCGUUCAGUGUUAUAGCCGCGACGCUUCUGGCAAGCCUCGCGGAAGCUUCAUCCCUCAAGCCGCCCAUCCUGCCAUUGAUCGUCAGGAACCCGUACCUCAGCACAUGGCUACAAAACGCGCGCGAAGAGCCUUGGAGCAAAUGGCCCAUGUUCUGGACGGGCGAUGAACUCGGUUUUGGCGUACUUGCAUCUGUUCCAGACACCAACAACACGUACCCGCUGCUCGGCCGACCGCACGACUCGCUCGAACAGAGCAGUGGGCACUACACCGUCGCGUUCCCCAAGUACAAGGGAGCCAAGUACGAUGCGAGCACGACGAACUUGACGUAUGCUAUUCCUGCGCCGCCAAGGCUUGCUAGUGCGAGUGAACUCGAGAUCACGCUGAGCUUCCUCUCGCCCAUCACGCCAACGUCUACGCUACGGCAAUCGAUACCUGCUGCGUAUCUCAGCAUCCACGUACAGGGAAGCUUUGAUGUCAAUAUAUAUGUCGACGUGAACGGACAAUGGGUUAGUGGCAAGCGCGACAGCCUCAUAGAAUGGGGCUUGACCAAGCAGGAGGCUGAUGGCUCUGCUAAGGGCCUGAAGACGUGGAGCGUCAAGCGUCAGGUCGAGCAGAUCUUCACUGAAGAGCAUGAUCAGGCCGAGUGGGGUCAGCUGCACUUCACUGGGCCGAGCGACGUGAGGCAUGAGUCGGGCACCUCGGCGCUGCUGAGACAGCGGUUUGCGAGAACGGGGACGCUGCAAGAUCAGGUCGAUGAUAAGUUUCGGACGAUCAUGGACGAUGAGCCCGUCUUCGCUUUCUCGAAGAGCUUCAAGCUGAAGAACGUAUCUUCGGCCUCAUCGAAGUCAGUCGGUGAAAGUGUCCUGUUCACCAUCACGCACAUCCAGGACCCUGUCACACAGUAUGCUUCAGCGCGUGGACUUACCUUCAUGAAACCUCUAUGGUCAUCAUGGUUUCUCGAGGACAACACACUUAUCAAGUUCCACUACGGAGACUUCGCCAACGCCAACAGCCUGGCAAGCAAUUACUCCGAACAGCUACGUAUCGAUGCCUACCAGUCUGGCUCCACAAACUACGUCGACAUCGUCGCACUCUCUGCCCGACAAGCUAUGGGUGCUACAAGUUUCUCUGGAACACCUGAAAGCCCGUUGCUAUUCUUGAAGGAGAUCUCAUCGAACGGUAAUAGCCAGACCGUUGACGUUAUCUUUCCCGCCUUCCCGUUCUUCCUCUACACCAACCCAAGGUGGCUUGCGUACCUACUCGAGCCACUCCUUGAACAUCAAUUGAGUGGCCAAUACCCAAACAAGUAUUCGAUGCACGAUCUUGGUGCGCAUUUCCCUAACUUGACUGGGCACGCCGAUGGUCGAGACGAGUACAUGCCUGUGGAAGAGUGUGGAGACAUGCUCAUCAUGGGUUUGGCUCUCAUCAACUCUAUGAGCUAUAGCUCCGAUGCCGACGCUCAAUCCAUCUGGUCGACUGUCGGCGAUGACACCGAUGCUGUAGACUCGAACGAGAGACCAUUCGCACUAACGAGGGUCGGUGAACAUGGCGGCAUCUCUUACAUCGACGAUACCUGGGGCGGGCACACUAAAGGCAUCAAGCAAGCCAAGAAGUGGCUAGAAGGCAGCUACGACCUCUGGAAACAGUGGACAGGUUACCUAGUUGAAGACGCCCUCAAGCCCCACAAUCAGCUCUGCACAGACGAUUUCGCCGGCUGGCUCCCGCUCCAAACCAAUCUAGCACUCAAAGGCAUUAUCGGCAUCAAGGCCUUCAGCGAAAUCGCAGACUUGAUGGACCGCUCCGGCGACGCAAAGCACUACUCCAACAUCUCCGAGACCUACAUCGAGAAGUGGCAGAAGUACGGCAUUUCGCGUGACGGCGGCCAUGCGAAGCUGGCGUAUGAUUGGUAUGGGAGUUGGACGACGCUGUAUUCGCUGUAUGCGGAUGCGGUGCUAUGCUUUCACCCCUCGAUCACGAACUCCACCUCUUCUGAUGACAAACGAGCUGUCGAGGGUUUUGCGCCAGGCGACGGGCACGCUCAAACACCGCUGUCAUCUGGAAAGAGGUCGAAUGGCCGCGCACCUAUUACGAAGGACUUCAUUCCCUUGAGCGUGUAUAAGGGACAGUCGAAGUGGUAUGCCGAAGUUAUGCAGAAGUACGGUCUGCCUCUCGACAGCCGCCACCUCUAUACCAAAUCCGACUGGCAGUUUGAGGCUGCGGCAGUGGCAUCGAAGAAAGUUCGCUCGGAGAUUCUGGAUCGCGUGGCGUUGUGGCUCAACGAGACGGUCACCGAUCGUCCGUUUACGGAUCUGUACAACACAGAAGGCGACGGCGGAUUCCCUGGCCCGUGGUUCUUCGCGCGGCCUGUAGUCGGCGGACACUUUGCAUUCCUGACGCUUGAGAGAGCUUGUGGUGGGGCGGCUGCGAAGGCGUUCGAUUAUGAUGAUUGAGAUGGAGCACAGCGAUUUGAUGUGGAGACGAUCCACUUUGGAGUUUUUUUGUGGCCCACCUCAACCUGAGAGCAUCGUAUGCAAAUACAAGACACAGAAACAUCAUCAAGUAUAUAAACGU